AUGACUUUAAUCGACGAAAAUGUACCAGACAUGGUGGCUCUUGGGCAAGCCAUGACCACCGCCAUUGAGCGGUUUUCAAAAUUUAAAAGCGUUAGAAUCAAAAAUAGUAAUGAAGCAGCAAAAAGGGUUGAAGAAAUUAAUACACAACGUCUAAAAUUCAGGGAAUUUGCUAGUGACUCUAUAAAACAAAGUAGCAAGUUGUCGAGAUAUGCUGAAGAUGUCUUGGAUUUUGCUGAAUGUUGCAUGGAUAAUAGAUUUUCAAAGGAAGAUCUCCUUAAGUUAUUGAAAUUACGUUUAAAUGAUGCCAAACAGAAUAGAGAGAUGACCGAAGAGUUACAAUUGAAAAUUAAACACAUUAUCGAUGACUUGAAAGUUAUCAACACGCAUUUGGUAAAAUAUGUAGACGAAAUUAAGAAGAAUCCAAGGUUACUAGAUUCAGAGACGGAAAAAAAAUUAUCAGAGAAAGAGGCAGUCAAAGAGAGAUUUUCUGUGUCGUCAAAAGCAAAUGCAUCAAUAGCGGCUUUUGGAAUUAUCGCCUCCUGCAUUGCCGCACCUUUCAGUGGUGGAACAUCAGUGGCAGCUGCAAUUGCAGCAACUUGUGUUGACGCCGGAAUAUUUGUGACUACAGCGGGAUCUUCUUUAGCAUUGGGUACUGGACUACUAGCAAAUGCUGAAAGUAGUAAAAUCUCGAAUCUUGAUAGAAAACUAAAAUCUGAAAGGGACCGGUUGAUCGACGAUAUUCGGGGGCUGAACGAGGGUCUUAUCGACAUUGUAGAUACUUGUCGUAAAUUUUCAAGUUUUUGGGAAGAGCAAACUGAAGUAAUUAUUAAUUUUAUUAACAAACUUGAGUCACUGAACGAUCAAGGAGGAAUUCAGAGUAACAGGAUGAUUUCUAAUGCCUUCUUGAACAAGUGGAAAAAUGUGGAUAAAACUUGCAAAGAAUUCAAUCGUCAGAUUUGGUCACAACUUGAUAGUGACACAUUAUUGAGAAUUGAGGUAAAUUAG